UGACAAUUGCUCGUGACACCCGAACCAAUAGAGAAGACAGAUAAACAAACAUUAAAACAGAUUAUUUGCGCAAAUCAAAGCGAUAUUCGUCCGCUGAAGCUCAUUAACACUCACACAGUCCAUGUGCUUUUCAAGGCAUGGCGGAGAAACAGGACAACGAGGUGGAGGAGGCUGACCAAAUCUACUUAUUGAUGAAGGAGGAGUAUCGGAUUUCUAGGAAUGUGCGUCUGGCAUGGUUCCUUGGUAAGCUUAACCAAGUCAUCUGGCCAGCCUCAAAGCCUGAACUGCUGAACACAGAGAAUGAAUUGGACUUGUUGAGCAUCUUACCGAAAGGAUGGCAGCCAGAUUUCUCUCCGACCAUGUACCCUUACAUGUUGGUGCCCUCCACUCGGGCCACCUUCCUGGCUCGGAGGUACAGAUUCAUCAUCGAGCUGGAUCUCAGCCCUUCCACAGGGAUUGUGGAUGACAGCACAGGAGAGAUGAUCUUUGAUGAAGUUUUUCACGCCUUGUCAAGGUGCCUUGCUGGUCUGGCCCAACCAUUCACAAUCCCUGGAACUGAUCAGCUUUUCAAGCCAAAGAUCUUUAUCACCAUCUUGGCGUAUUCAUCAAUCAUCGGACUCACUUCCCAUCAGGUUUUGGUUCAGGGCUGUCAACUUGAAAGAACAGACCUCAGUGAGUUCUUGCAUCACAUCUAUCAGCAGCUCAGAGCUGUGGAGAGCAACAUUGCUGAAGUCCUUCAUCAGCAGCAUGAACAGUCACUGGAGCCAGUUCUAAACCCAAGCCUUCAUAUGAACAACAUGGACAAUCAGCCUCACAGGAAGCAGGGCAUUUCUAUGGUGUCAGCUGAUAUGGGUUUGCUCAGCAUGGUACGCCAGGGCAUCCUGGCCCUUCAGCUGCUGCCUCCAAACUCCAGUGCAGGUAUCAUUAUAAUUACAGAUGGAGUGACAAGUGUCCCUGAUGUAGCAGUGUGCGAAACCUUGCUGAACCAGCUCAGAAGUGGAACCAUUGCUUGCUCUUUUGUAAAGGUUGGUGGUGCAUACUCCUAUGACUGCAGCUUUGGAUACAUACCUAAUGUAGAGCUGAUGAAGUUCAUCUCAUUAGCUACCUUUGGCUCAUACCUGCCCAGCUGCCCUGAAAUUGACCUGACCAGCCAAUAUAUGAAUGCCUACCACAAGGCCUUCUUAACCUAUUCCUUCCUCAAGACCCCGGAAUCAAUGAAUUCAGAGUACUACUGUGUUUCUCAGCACAAACUGUUUAAUGAGCAUCUGGUGUCAGCCAGCGGUAACCCAGCCCUGGUCAUGAGGAGGAAGAAGCACACAGAGAAGGAAGUCCAUGCUCAUUUAAUCAGUGUAGUGUCUGUGCGACUGAGAGAGGGCUACACCAUCAGAGAAAUCAGCCUCACCAAAGGUGGAACUCAAUUGGAGGUGAAACUGGUGCUGUUAUGGAAACACAACAUGCAUAUCGAGUACCUGGCAGCAGCUUCCUGGCCACUGGACCCCGUCAUGAGAACCACAAAGGUGGAGGUGACGAUGGAGGGAAGCUAUGACAUUCUACAUGACAUCAGCUGCACCCAGAGGAAACCCAUCACCAGCCCGUACCGGACCUCUGUCAUCCGCCGCUUUUGGAACACACUGCAGAGCAUCAACCAGACUGAUCAGAUGUUGGUGCACCUCCAGUCAUUCAACUCAGUUCCUGAGAACUUCAUGAUUCCUGAAAGCACCAAAAAUGGAGUUCCUCUGUUCUACAUCCCACCUGGCUCUACUACUCCGGUUCUGUCCCUGCAGCACAGUGGAUCAAAAGACUCCCCUCAGUCCAAGUUUGCUUCCUACUGGAAACCCAUCCUCUCCAUGGAUGCCAACUUCUGGCAGAGAUGGCUCCAUAUGCAUCGCAUCACCAUCAUCCUUGAACAUGACAUGCCUGUCCCCAAGCACCUGCACACAGCUGGAAAUAACGGACGUUACAGCACCAUUCAGUGUCGAAUCUCCCACUCUGCCCUCACAUCACUGUUAAAGGAUUGGAGCAGCUUUGUGCUUGUGGAGGGAUACUCAUAUGUUAAACUCAUAUACGGUUCAUCUGACCAGCCUCCCACGUCUUUCUACCUGGUCCGGCUGAUCUCUAAGACACCUUGCAUGGUGCUUCGUCUGGGCUUUCCAAUUGGUACACCUUCCCAUGUCCGAAACAAGAUUGUCGAUGAGCUUCGAGAACAGAUCCUCAAACUUCGCUUUCCUCACCGUGUUCAAAACAAAGAGGCCAACCUCAAGACCAAAAGGAAUCAAUCCCCAUCUAAAUCUUCCAUUUCUGCUUCCAAACCUGUGCUGUCAGACAGACCCUGUGUGGUAGUCUUGAACAAGCCCCUUGAGAAGCUUCUCAUAAGGUAUGAGAAGCUGCCGGUAGAUUUUAAGACCCCCUUCAUUUUAAACAUGGAGAACUUCCAGCCUUCCAGCAGAGCUGUGCCACUAAGCAUGGCUGCCAACCGAACAGCCUCCUCUAACCUGGCCUCUCUGUCCCGUUACUUCCUGCACCAGCGCUGGGUGUGGGCUGUGCAGAGCAGCCAAGGAUCGGCUGUGGCAAUGCAAGCUGUUGCUCACAUCCUGUCGAUGCUCUCUGACAUCCGUAUAUCGGAAGGCUUCCACUUUGCUGCCAGUGGAGAGGGAAUCGUAAACAUGGUGAUCGAGCUGCCAAUGAAGGGGAUGUCAGGAGACACGAACAAAGAGAGUCACUCUUGUAUUGUUCAGUACAUCCUGUUUCCACCCCACUCUGCUUCAACAAAGGACAGCUUCUCCACCGAUGAUGAUAAUGACACAGAAGUGGAGGCUGUAGACAUGGACACAGAACUGAGCCUGGUGACAGAGUGCUGGGUAGAACCUCAGAGUGGCGUGGUGAUGAACUGCAUGGACCAGCAUCGCCACUUCCAGGGCCUCAGUUACCAGGAGAUCCCACAAGCAAUUUUCCCAAGGGAUCUGACUUGUAUAUCUACCAUGAUGACCUUUGAGUAUUUGAGCCUAUUGUGUCAGAAUAAGGACCAGAUCUGCUCACUACCAGUUGGACUCAAGGAUGUGAGAGGAGGUGCUGUGGCCUCUGAGGACAAUGUUCACAUGAUUCCUUUUCAGUUUGACCUUAUUCAGCUGCUUCCAAAAUGCCAGCAGGUUGAACUCCUCUUCCACACUUUCAGUACAGUGAUGGAGAACACAAAACAGAAUCACGGCUCCCCCUGUCUGCCAAACGAGCUCCUGCUCAGCCUCUUCCACAGCAGGCUGGAGCAUGAGCUAAAUGACAGAGAGAUCCUGUUGGCUGACAGUGAUCAUUUCACCUUCAUGCAGCACAUCUUAGAGCGAGAACGAAAUGGCCACUCCGCUCCAUUUUCCUUUCCUAUUAUCAAAGGGGAGUGUGUAAAGACUCCAGACAGACUGGACACUAUGACAUCGUUUCACACCACUGGCAGCAGCAAAGAUGUGAUGGGAUCUACCAGCACUUUACAGAGUUUCAGUAAUGCAGACCUUGUGGAUGAUGAACCAUUGCUGUUGGAUAGCAGCUGCUCUGUGCCACAGUGGAGGUGCUACGCCAAGUAUAUCAGCCCUCAGCAGAUUCUCCUCACUUUCCUUCCUGUUUCUUUCACAGAUGUUCUGAUGUUAAUGGCUACAGGGCUAGAGACAGGGCCUCAGAGUAACAUCAGCAUGCAGAAUGAUGACACUUUGAUGACUCCCUGCAACAAAUCUCAAGUUGACACUCUAUCUGGUUCCAUCAGUGAGCUGGAGAGGUCUGAGUGUGGCCUCAGAUUUGCCAGUGAACCACAAAGGAAGCCCAGCAAUGGACAUUAUUCCGCCAGAUCCCCUGUGCUCUCACCUCAGUCCGAAGGCCAGACAUGGCCUACUGACUCACUGAUGCUGGACCAAGACAGCUGGGACCAUAGGGUAACAGAGAUAGAGAAGGGGACCCUAAACUCAGAUGUGGGAGAAAAAGAGGUCCAGUUCUCUGAACCACAGAAAGCAGAUUUCAGCUUCAACAGACAUGGUUCCCAGCAGAGCACCAGUUAUAGCAGCCAGCUAAAGUGUCCAGUCUACGUCUACAACUGCUCUCUGGAACAACUGAAGGACCAACUGUUACAUACCCACUUCACUCCCCAGCCCAGAGACAUCUUCAGGUCACUGUCUCAGGACCGCAGCAUCCCAUCCCUUUGGACAGACCUCCUGGCUCAUCCGCACAAACACAAGGAGCUGGCCAACUACUGCAGCCUGUUGCAUGAGUAUUACCACCAGAGCUAUGUCAAAGGUGUGUAUAGCAGUCUGCAGCAGUCCUACAGCAUCAGCUCUCAGGAUGUCCUGACAGCCAUGGACUACUGUGAAGAAUCCCUACAGGAGAUCGACGUCACCACAUUUCUACAUACCCUCUGUGGACACAUUAGGGUCUUCCGUGAACAUUGUGGGGCUCCAGGAUGGGGAGGGAAUCCACAACUUUCAAAGACAACUGCCAACUUCAUCAUUGGUGAUGUUGAGGAGCAACCAGAUGACAGGGCUGCCAUGGCGUUCAUGUCAAGGAAUGUUGAAAUGAUGGUUUCCAGUGGAGCUGAUUGUGUCGGGAAGGUUUCUGGUCCAUCUCCAUUGAUUAUGCAUGAAUCCAAGACUACAAAGAUCCCAGAGUUCCCACUGACACUGCUUCAGACACAGCCCAAGUGUGAAGUCUAUCCUGAUCUUCACAAAAUAAUACAGGAUAAAUUCAUGGAGAUUGUGUCUCGGUAUUUCAAAACUGUGCCAUCCAAUCCACACUACUUCUUCUACUGCCCACCUUCAUCAAAGAAAGAGGAGGACUCAGAAGAUGAUGAGAUAGAGAGUAGACCCGCUGAGGAGUUGGUGUCAGAUGCUGAACUGGCUACAGAGGAAGAAAAUAUACCAGGAUGCUUUGCCACAGAGAGUGACACAGAUUUGGUGGUGGAGUAUGACCUUCAUCCAGGAACAAGCUCCUGCGGAGAGAGUGAAGAUCAGUCCCUCUCAGACUCCAACACAGUCAAUCAGGACCAGGACUCCUUCAGCAUCCUGGAGGGAGAUCUGCUCCAUUCUGAGGGUCCACAGCUGGACAUGCCACCACUGUUUCUUCAUAUUACAUGUUCUGUUAAUAUGAAAAGCUGCCAUGGCUCUAUGCCCAUACAGACAUUGCCUACCUGCCUAGGUGAGAUUAUUUCCUGCCUGGAGAAUGCUGAGGAUUUACAGUCUGUGGAUUUGAAUGAGCUCUCUGUCACUUUGGAUAUUUUUGUCCUGACAUUACCUCUGGAGAUAGAUGUUAUGGCUGAUUUCCAUCACAACAGGUACACCUCAGAAAGCAGUGUGUCCCUGAAUCGUUCACCAGGACAGCCCUCCUCUUAUCGCUCUGAUGAGGAGCUGAUGGUAGUUUUGGACAGUCUCAGGGGUUCUGAAAUUGAUAGUUUUUCUACCAACAGGGUCUCUGGUGAUCCUUUAUCCAAACUCCCAGGUGCUCACAAGUUAGCAAUUCUGGCCACAAUGGAUCAGAUCCAAUGGCUACUGGAGGAUGAGAUUGUUUCUGCUCUGCGUCACACACGGGUCAUCAGCUCAGCCACACUACAGAAAGUAGCGGAACAUGUUUUGCGCUCCAGUGGCCGACCACACUGUCAAUGUGAAGAUGUCCCACUUCAGUUUGUCUUUGGGCCUGAGCAGUCCCUGGAAAAAUUCAAAGAGGAGUUCCAUAGAAUGUCAUUCUCUGGCUAUGUCCUGAAUGGACAAAAGGACAACUUCUACUACAUAUCCCUGAGCAGACUUCAUCCACAGAUGAUCCAUGCUACCAGAAGGCUCUCAGAGAAAACUGCAGACCCACUAUCACACUGUGCUGGAGCACAGAUGGAGGACAUGAUGCUGGGGAGUGAAGCAGAGGCUCUGGCAGCAGAGGCAGACGGCGAGAGUGAAGACAUUAAAACUGUCAGUGUUGCUACUGACAAUCCCAGUGACACAACUGCUGACGCUUGUGAGCCAAUCAAAGCCUUGAACCUUGAAGAAGAUCAUACCGCUUAUCAGGGCUCGGUUAGUAUGGUUGGAGGCCGAGGGCCACCCAGUCCGCCCCAGCUCCAAGAUUUUUUCUGUACAGAGCAGACCUCACCCCCCAAGAUGCCAUCAGGUGUCAACUUGGCUGAGUCCAUGCAGUCAGCCUCUCAUAGCUGCGGCAAACUCAGGCCGAGUCGAGUUCAGAGUGUUGUCUCAAGCCAGGGCAGUAUGGACUCAGAUAUGCAAGGUUAUGAUGGUGGAAGCAGUGACUCUGAGUGUGAGAGCACCCCUCUGGAUGACCUGGAGUUUCAGUCACCACUGAUGCCAGACUUCUGGCUCAUUGUUGAGAUCCUCCAGGACAGAGUUAAGGUCUACUCCCACUCCAGGUGCUUCACAGAAGGAAAAGAGGUCAGUGCUGACGAAUUGGACAAGGAGGAAGAGCAUGAUCUGCCUGAAUGCCUACAAUUGCAUCAAGUGGUGAUCAGGAAGAUUGGUGAAAUCUGCAGAAUAGUCAAUCAGCGUAUGCUGCUGCAGGACAUGCAUGACAGCCAUGUGUGUAACUCUCUGCUGGUUGCUGAAAGUGAGGAAGACAUCUGGAAGAAUGAAUCUCUCUACAGGCAGAGGCUCAACACUUCUGAUGAUUACAACACAGAGGAGAGCUUCCAGGCCAGAGACUACUUGGCAGCCACCAUGCAGUUCAUCCCUGGACAUUUUGCCUGUGAUGUGGUGUGGAGCACAAUAAUUCACAUUCAUCCACGUCUCAAAAUGGGGCCUAACAUUGGGGUGUCUAGGGCAAUCCAGGCCCUGCGGUCUGUGUUGAAUUCUUUCUGUGUGGUCAACAGAAAGAACAUGUUUGUCUACCAGGAGCGUUCAACCAAAUCAGUCUUCUACCUCAGACUUUGUGAAACGUCUCUAACCGGAAAGUACUCUGAUGUAGAUGGAAACCUCCACAUUACCCACUCCAGUGGGCUUUUCAGGAGUCAAGAGCCCUUGUUUUCCGAGGACUUCACGGGAUCCAGGUCUUCUGUGGAGGGAUCUCGGCCAGUUGGACAAGUAGACAAGCACAUUCUGCUGCUGGUGCAUGGAGUAGGAAAUGCAGGUCCAGAGAUCACAGACGAGCUGGUUAAGGUUCUGCGGAAGCGCCUGGACGAGACCACCUUGGACAUUAUCACUGUCAUGCUUGUCAGGAACUGCAAACUGACACCAGCUGAUGUGGAGUUCAUCCAGCCGUCAGGAUCUCCAGCCACCGAGGUGAUGAAGUUCAGCCUCCCCCAGUACUGUUUUCCUUGGAUGACAGCUGUGGCUCACUACCUCAGGCAGAACCUCCUCAUUUUCCUGCAUGUUCCCAAGUACACUGACAGCAAUACUGCACACCAGUUCAAGCACUGCUUUCAUUUGAGCAGUGACGUGGUGGAUGGUGAUGUCUACCUCUACAACAAACCUGGAGGCCAAGGGACAGGAGGCAAAGGUAUUGCCUGCAUUGCCCUCUCAUUUGUGGAUGCCCAUGGUCAUCCACUUCAGGGUUCAACUCAGGACUGCACUACAAUACAGAGAUCAGAAAACUGCAUCACCGCUCCUCAAAUAGACCAUUUUGAUGAGCUGACCAGUGUGGUUAAAGUUGACUCCAUCUUUAUAAGCUCAGAGGCAAGGCUUUAUGUGCGCUUUGACAUCUGGGAACAAGGCAACAUCAGCCCCUUACAGCUAAGUGAAAAACUGCAGGCGGCUAUGCGCCAUGCUCUUUGUGAUGUCGUCAUGGAGCUAAGAAUCCUGCCACAUCCUCUGUGUGUGGAUAUGCUGUGCCUAGCAACCAAAACCCAGAAAGAAGAGACUAAAGGGCCGUUGAUUCCCUUACCUGAGGUAAAAGAAUUCAAGGACAGCCCCAGGCAGCGCAGUGGCUCACGGGUCUUUAAGAUCAGCCCUUCUCCCAUCACAUUAACCCAAGCCUUGGGGAGCACACCCUUUACAGGGACCAGCUCACCUGAGUCCACCACCCCUACUGGCAAGAGCACCCGUCGGAGUUUCUGGGAUAUACUGAGUAAGCCAGACUCAUUGGAGCUCGGGAGCCCAAAGACAACUGAUGACAUAGUACAAGAAAAGGGAGAAGAAGGUCGAGCCGCUCGGCGUAGACACAAGACGGAGACCAUAAAGCAGCAGUGGAGCCAGGAGAAGGCUAUGGAGCAGGAGCACACCCAGAGGCGGCAGUUGUCUCAUUUGGAGGAGGGCGAUCUAGGCACCCUUCACCCUGUUUACCAGGAUAUAUGCCAAGCAUGGAUAACUUUCAUGGCGAAACUUGCCUGCCCCUCCAUUCAGCAGUGCACGGCUGAUAUCGCCUCACACUUCCUGCUGCCUUCUAUCUUGGCAGAGCUAGUCAGUUUGGUCAGUACUCUUGCCAGUGAUACGACUGUGAAGGUAUUUGAAAGGACAAGCUACCCCCCAUCUGGAGACAUAUUCGUACCAUUUCCUCUUAUCCAGAACCUCAGCCAGCCUUCAGAUACCACAAGGAGUUUCAUUCUUGUUGGCCGAAACUUCAAUCAGUGGCAUUGUAGCACAGAGCAAGCUCAUAAGGGCUUCCAGCGCUUCGAGGCUGCGGAGCAGAGUGAUUUAUUCAGUCCAAGCCAGACAGGGGCAGGACUGGCUCCCCGCCAAAGGCUCCUUUUCAUCAGCAUCCUGGAUAAAAAGGUGACUCUGCACAGCUAUAACUGGUCUGUGGACCUGGGUGCCUCCAUGAACCGAGAGUUGGUCCGCCUUGUUAAAUGGCAGAAUGCCAGGGGUCAUGUCGUCCAUUGCCUGCUUAACCAGAAGAUGGGCUUAUUCCAUCACUACUGCUUUUCUGAUGCACCCGUGCAUGAAAUGGAAUCCAAGCAGCAGGAUUCCGACUGUUUCCUCAGCCCCUCUGUGGAACCUGAUGCAUUGCUACGGAGUGCAGUUCCUCCUUUGCCUAGUAAAGAGCAGGGCAGACUGGGUAGCGCUGGCCGAAGUCUUGCUCCACUCCACUUCCCCUCUGAGCUGCUCCCCUUUGACGAAGCUCUGAGGGACAUAUGCACCAUUCGACCUUUGACAGAGGGGGAUGUGGUGACCAGACAUGGUGGCCAGCUCUUGGAGAGCAAAGCUGCUGAGAGGAGGGAACUGGAGAAACAGAUGAAGAUAGAGAACCUCUUUGUGACUUGGCAACAGAGGUCAGCACAGUCCAACAUGCCCAUUUCAGGGGCAGAUUUGGAGACCCUGAAGCAGUCAUCAAGGCUGGUCCACUACUGUGCAACCCCUCUCCUAUUUGACCCUAUCUUCCGCAAGCAGAUUCAAGAGGAACAGAUUGUGCAGCCCCUGGUGAAGAAACGACAUCGCUCCAGUGAAUCCACAGCAUCAGGUCGGGACCGCAGCUAUAGCACCGACUCAGCUGACAUGCUGCCAAGCCGACUCAAGGAAGAGCCCUGGCUGCUCGACAUUUGCAGCACCUUCCUCCAGCAGUAUGUCCAGUACUUGCAGAGCAUGGGCUUUAUUUUGGUCCAAGUCCGGCCUCAGUCCCCAGCUCGCAGCAUUGCCCGGGCCCGUGCUGCGAUGCUGAACUCUGUAUCAUUGGAAGGGAGGAUGUCUUUUUCUUAUGUAAAGCAGAAGAGUGAGGACAGCCCUAAGACUUCAGCAUCUGGCACCACUGCAUAUCACCUCCAGAGGGCAUUGCCAGGUGGGAUUGUGCUGAUGGAACUGGCUUUUCAGGGUUGUUACUUCUGUGUGAAGCAGUAUGCACUGGAGGGUUCCCGCAUUCCCAUGGGCCAGACAGUCAACUCCCAGGGCAGCAUCCUCAACAAACCUCGUUGCAAGCCGUUUCCAGAUGCCAUCCCAGUAUCUGACUGUGCGCUCUCCAUGCUCUUCACCGAGGAGUGUGAUAAGGUGAGGGACCUGAUGCACGUUCACUCCUUCAGCUAUGAUUUCCAUCUGCGAGUCGUUCACCAGUACUUGGUUGGCUGCCACAUGACGCUGCGCCAAGGCUACCAGCUCACCGACUUCUUGGAUGACUUCAUCUCCCAUCACCCAGAUAUUCCCAAGUUUGGCCGCAACCAUCUCGUUCAAGGAAGCAUCUCCAUCUCUACUGGGAUGAUAACUGCUCACCAGCUCUACAACUACAUCACUGACCAUGCCAGCACCUAUGGAAUGAAGCCACUAAGGAUGUCCAAGACUGCAGUCACAAAUGACAACAAGAAAGGCAAGCCUGACCUGCACGAGUAUGCUCUGGUGUCACUAUGGAACAGUUCGGGCUCUUACAAAGAUCUUGAGGGCCUGCACCACCAUGAUGAUUUUGACGUGUCCCUCGUGGUGUGCCAUAAUGCAGCUCCAUUUGAGGAGCAGUCAGAUGGGGAGCGGCAUUUGCUGAGGUUGCGGUUCUAUGUGAUCAUGACCAGUCAGAGAGAGCUCUUCCCCCACCUCACAGCUGACAUGCGUCGUUUCAAAAAGCUACCACAGAUCCAACGUGAUCCAGGAGAUGUGGUCGGCCGGCUUCCCCCAGAUCGAGCAGAUGCCUAUGGGUCACGUAGCCCAGAGCAGGACCAUUGGGAGGAAACAUCACCCCAUGUUCCAGCCACCUCAGCCCCCAGCGAUGGGAAUGAGUUUUAUCCUCUGGUGAGGGGUGGCUCAGAAGCUUGGGGGCUGCUCUACCCCUCCCCUUUGUUCCCUCUACUCAACAAUGAGGUUGCAUUAGCACGCAGACAGAUCCAGGCCAGUGUGGAGCAGGCCAUGGGUCACUGCCGCAGAGAUAACCUGUGGAGGAGACUGUUCCAUGGAGAGCACCUGGCCAUGGACAAACUGAAGCUGACCAAGCUGUCAUUCAGUGAACUGGAGGAGCUGCUCGCAGCUGUACAGAGCCGCUCAGUCGGAGAGAUUGACCCACAACUGGACUGUUUUCUGACCAUGAGUCCAGCCUGGUACCAGAGUCUGAUCAAAGUCCUGCUGAACCGCUUCCCUCAGAGCUGUAGACACUUCGACGACAAUGGCAUCCAGUACCUGGCUGUUCUGAACCAGAAGUUUACAGACUGCUUUGUUCUGGUCUUCUUGGACACCCAAGCAGGAAAAACAAGUCUGAAGGUUGUGUUUCGUGAGCCACUGCCAUCGCAGCCACAAGCCAGCAGCAGCCCUCCUCCCCAGCUGGUGUCCAUGUAUCAUCACCUGGAGUCUGUCAUCAACACAGCUUGCUAUAACCUCUGGACAGGACUAUUAUAGAGUUGAUCAGUGCUGGACCUGCUGGAGCCUAUGUCUAUGUGGCCACAGUUAACUUAUUAAAUUGGGAAGCAACAGUAAUAUGAGAUUCGAAUAAGAAACUUCAAGAUAGUUAUCAGUUAGAUCACCAAAAACUAAAAGUCUCCUAACUGGUGUGCCAGACUUUAUUCUGUUGUGUUUUUUCUUGUAACUAUACAAUCAUGUAUAUAUGAUAACCACAUCAAAAAUUUCCUCAAAAUAUAGGGUUAAUUAAACCCAUAUAGAAUGGCAGCAGUAUACAUGUGUCACCAUCUAGUGUUAGGUUAAUGUUAAUAUUAAGUUAGGCGAGUACAUAUCAUUUGUGAAGAAGCAAGUACAUAACAAUUAUUUCGGCAGUUUAAUGUUGUACUUUAUAAUGAUACUGUGUUAUUUUUAUCUGUACACAUAAACUAAACACAUUAAAACUACCUGUACUGAAUUUCCCUGAGUGCAAUAUCAGGAUUUCCCUGUGUCCUAAAUUAUAAAACACCUAACAUCUGAGGAAAUUACGUUUAUCAAAUAAAAUACUAAGCUUCAACAGGCUAACCACCACCUUACCGCCCAUGACCAUGACUUGACACUUGAAUAUUCACGAUGUCAGAUCAGCUGACUGUUAACAGUGUGGACUUCACACUAAAGAUGCACACAAUCUGAUCCUUCAGCAAGACCACAGUCACAGUAAAAUACUAUUCCUGUACUACUGAAACAAGAGCACUACAUGUAAGAGCUCAAACUGCACACAGCCAACCACAAUGACUGAUCUGGCCAAGAUGUUCUAAUUCUACAAUUGUUUUACGAUCAGCCUUCAUCCAGCAAAGACCACAGCUAGAAUGAAAUGGUUAACUCUAUAACUCUCUCUAUAUAUCUGGGUUCCUCUGUUUUCAGUUCCUCUGGUCAACAAAAUGCUUUGAGGUUCGUGACCUGCCUGGAGUGGUGUGCAUGACACAUAUUCUGAUAAGGAGUUAAGGUUUCCAGCAAUUUCGAUGACUCGUCCUGACACACAGCAACAUUUAGUCAUAGGAAACCAAAUACAAACACUCACUAUAAAACUGCACAAAUUUCAUAUUCACAGUUUGAUAAAUAGGUCAGUUUUCUAUGAUCUUGUGCCUUCCGAUCAUAUCAGGAAUUUGCAUAAUAGCAUGCGACAUGAUCAUAACUGUACCAGAGAAUGUUCAGGGUGAUGAGUUUGACAUGUGGCUGUAUUAAAAUAUUUUACACAGGAUAUUAAUUAUGCAAAUGUGAAUUGUAAUAUGUAGCAUUGUGCAAUGCUAUAUAAACACUGGAAAAACAUGAUUGGUCAAACUAUGGAGGGAAACCAUAAGACUUGUCCCUCGCUUACACCUUCAACAUAUUCACAUGCAGAAUCUGUUUAUAGAGAUUGCUCCCUCCCCAACUGUAUAAUAUGUAUGUACAGAAUACUUAAUACAGUAUGUGAAAUGCUUGAUAAACCAUUAGAAUAAAUAAGUGUGAUGAAUAAUUUUUCCAUCAACUGUCACCUAUAGCUGAUUAAUAUAUCGACUAAUAUGUCCAUUUUAUGUAAAAGUCUAAUUGCUAGGCAGGGUCAGGAGACCAGCAGUAAUGAGCAUGUGAAAUGCACGACACAAGACUGAAGCAAAGACUGCAUGUCUCAACUCAAGUUAGGGCUGCACGAUUUAUUGAAAAAUUAUAACAAUCCAUGCCUCUUAUCUCAUUUGCAUACAACUAUAAUUAUGCCAGUUACUAAUAACAUUGCAGACUGAUGUUCAGUACAUAAUAAUUAACUGUAACACAUUAGCAAAUGUUAUACUUUAGAUGUGUUGCAAAAAUCUUCAGUUUUGUGGUUGAUUCACCUGGUCAUCACUUGCUGUGUCCAGUAAUCUUUGAUCCAACCCAGACCUUCCUUUGUGGAGCCUUAAGUGAAGAGUGAUGAUGAUUAUGCUUGUUUUUUUUUUACCUGUUCUCUUUCACUCUCUUUUUUUUAUAUAUAUAUAUUAUUUAAUUAAGUGCUCACUGACCUAGUGGCUUGUAUUCACAGCCAAUGUAUCCCAGGUACCCAUAUUUUUCCAGUGUGUUGAACAGGUAGGUGUAGUUGAGCUCUCCUGCACUGUCAGGCUCGUUCCUGCCGGGAACCUGAGCAAUCUGUAUAUGACCUGUGAAACCCAAUCAAGCCUCUUUGACUGCUGCACCAUGCAUAUUUCAUCUGUAUUACCUCCAGAGUGAUGUUGAUUUUUCCUUUCUUUUUGUAUCUUACCAAUUAUAGGGAAAUACUUUAUGAUGUUCUGUGUCAGGUUACCAUCCAUUAUUUGCCAGUGAAAGAUAUCCUGAAACAGUUCAGUUAAAUCAACAUUUGUUAAGUCAA